AUGGAUGAAGUAGUGUUUUACAUAGGUCAAGGUGAUCCAGCCGAUAAACAUAGUCAAGAAUCAUAUGGGUAUAUCACAUCAAUCCAUACGUCCAAGCAAUAUGCAUCCUAUCGACAUGCAGACUCUCACACAAAUGGCACCGCCAUUACUGGUAUUGGUCCCGGAGAAAGAAUUUUCGCUGCUGCUCCUAACAAAGCAUUGAUCAAUGUAUAUUCAUGGGGAAAAGAAAGUGUUGAUCAACGCAUACCGAUACCAGAAGCAUUGACUUGUAUCACAUUGAUAAAUCAUCCAAUUGGCAGCACCAGCAAUACUGGCCAGUUAUACAAAUUGCCAAAUUAUCGGGUUCCAUGGUUAUUAGCAGGAGGAUCUAAGAGUGGGAAAUUAUAUAUUUGGGAAUUAAGUUCAGGCAAUUUAUUAUGUGUCAGAGAUGCCCAUUAUCAAGGGAUGACUACGAUCAAGGGGUCAAGCUGUGGAACAUUUUUAAUUACUGGAGGUGAGGAUGCCAGAUGUAUUGUAUGGAAUUUAGCAGAAUUAAUUAGUGUUUAUGAUAAAUCAGAUCAUCAAGUGAAACCAUAUUGGCAAAUUACCGAUAAUACAUUACCCCUCACUGAUCUUUGUUUAAAUGAUGCUCAUAACAUUAAUGAUUUAAAAUUAUAUACAACUUCAAAAGACAGUACGGUCAGGAUUUACGAUAUAGUCACAAAGAGUUUGCUAACCACAUUUAUUUUACCCAGUUCUGCAGAAUGUGUCACUAAGGAUCCAGCCAAUAGAGCCUUAUAUGUUGGGUUAAAUAAUGGUCUUGUGAGAUCGAUUCCUUUAUAUUCUAUAAACAAUCAUACAUCAGUGUUGGAAAGUAUUGGUGGUAUGAAUAAGAUAAUAACUGUUGAUACUGAUCCGAAUUUAAAGGAGACAUUUGUUGCCCAUCAACAAAAGACGAAAACUGGUGAUGAUAAACCUAUUGCUGUUACCAAAUUGUCAAUUUCGUUUGAUGGAACAAGUAUAAUAUCUGGUGAUUCCGAAGGUAGGGUGUUUGUUUCUGAUAUUGUGACGAAACAAGUUGUGAAAUCAUUUACACCUUGUAAUUCCCCAGUAGCUUAUAUUGCUGUUGAAACUGUUCCCGAUGAUUUCAUCAAUACUUCAACUACCAAUACUACUGCUACUAAAGCCGAUAAGAAACAUAGAAUGAUACCUCAAUUUAAACGAGUACUAGCAAGUACCAAUCCUGAAGAACAUCAGAUAUUCUUGGAUAUUCCUGGUAAAAUCACUGCAACCACUAACACAACCCAUGCUGUUGACUUUGCAACUUGGUUACAAGGCAAACAAUUUGAAGAAUUACAAUUCAAAAAUCUUUCUGGAAUAAACUCUAUUGUUAAACAAGUUGGCAACGGGAAUGUACCAGAUCUUGAGGAGAAAUUACAAAGAGUUUCUCAAGCAUAUACUGAAUUAAGAAACAAACAUGAAGAAUUAAUUAAAGAACAUGCCCAAUUAUUAGAUAAAUUAGAAUAG